UGUAAACGGUGAUUUUGUCGAUAUUAUCGUAUAGUUGUUUUGUGUGCCUGUGAAGAUGGCGUCAGUUUCAUGGUUUAUGGUAUUUUUUGUUUCAGUUUUCCUCUCUAGCGUCUCUGCCCAGAGUGAUGAUAACCCUGUCAUUACCCUUGCUGGAGGGGGUAUGAUCACGGGUGUCACCAUUCCAUACAGCGAAUCGCAGUUCUUAAACCUGAGUAAAUCUGUGGAUGCUUUCCUCGGAGUGCCGUUCGCCCAGCCUCCCGUCGGAGAUCUCCGGUUCGCCUAUCCCAAAGCUACCAACAUCCAAGGAAACUACAAUGCUACUUACAGCAGGGCGGAGUGUCCUCAAUUUACACCCGUUACUGAUCUACCAGGGAUUGAGAUUGGUCGUGAAGUCAACGAAGAUUGCCUCUAUUUGAGCAUUUAUACGCCAUCACCGAAGCCGACAUCUCUGGUUCCCGUGUUUGUCUGGAUACACGGAGGUGGCUAUGUAAUCGGUGGUGGUUCAGAGUUGAUCUAUCAGCCUCUUCCGAUGGUCGUUCUCUCUGAUAUUAUCGUUGUCAAUGUGAAUUAUAGACUUGGAGCAUUCGGAUAUUUGACAACAGGUGAUGAUGUGGCUAGAGGUAACUAUGGGAUGUUGGACCAGGUUAUGGCUCUUCAGUGGGUGCAAGACAACAUUGAGGCUUUUGGUGGAGAUCCCAGGAGGGUAACGAUCGGAGGAGAGAGUGCUGGUGGGUCUAGUGUCAGUCUGUUGUCCCUAUCACCCCUUACAGAUGGACUCUUCCAUCAGACCAUCAUGCAGAGCGGUAACGCACUUUGCCCUUGGUCUUGGGCAACGCAAGAACGUGGUACAGAAGUAGGACGAGAACUAGCAGAGACUUUUGGAUGUCCGACCGAGGACAGUUCGGCAAUGAUUGCCUGCCUGCGCCAAGUACCUGAACGAAGCUUGACCGAGGCUCAGCUCUACUUGUCAUCAGUCCUCUCAACACCUAUAGUAGAUGGCUACUUUUUGUUGGACCAUCCAAUGGAGUUGAUUAACCGUCGUCAGUUCAAGAUUCAACCAACCCUGAUGGGCACAAACGAAGACGAGGGUGCAGGGAAUGCGUUAAGUCUGUUCCCGGGUUCAACUCGUUCAGAAACACCUCCCGUCAUGAACAUUUCAUUCUUCAGGAGCCUCAUACCAUCUCAGACAUACAACGACGCUACUGACAUCGAACUUGCUGCCAUCGAGAACGAAUACGUGGACUGGUCCGUCGCUGAUGACCCCACUGAUGGGAAUCAAAUCGAUGGAUUCAUUCGUUUGAAUACCGACAUCAGUUUUUCCUGUCCGACAGAGUAUGUAGCUCGAGCAUUAGAAGCAGCCGGGGCCGAGAUCUAUCGCUAUGAGAUGACACAUGACCCAUCAUGGUCGGUAUAUGCAGGUAUACCAAAGUGGUUGGGCGCAGCACAUGCAGAGGAUCUACAAUAUGUGUUCACCUGGGGUCUGAACCCUGCACCUGUUGCCCGAAUCGUUGGUCAAUCGGACGAAGAAAAGGCAAUGUCCGUCCAGUUUAUCCGUUACUGGGCCAACUUUGUGAUAUCGGGGAGCCCUAAUGGACCUUUAGACAAUGGAGAUUAUCCCGAAUGGCCAAGAUACACGAUGCCUGGACAAGAAUACAAGAAGUUAUCUCUAGAUAUGGCGAACGGUCGUGCUAUGAGAGCAUCGCAAUGCUCGCUAUGGAGGAACUUUCUUCCUGGUCUCCGUAUUCAAGCAGAUCCUAUUGAUGAUAUCUACGAAGAUUGGCAGGAUCAGUAUGAGAGAUGGAAGACUACUGAUGUACCAUCCUGGAUGACGGAGUUUGAGGAUUAUAAACAGAGUAACUCUUGUCCAACAGCAGUGCCAUAAACGAAAUCACAUUAUUGCCAUUUGUCUUCGUCAAACCUGUCCACGAACCUUUCUAGAAACCAGCGACAAGUUUUACUGGUAUCUGAUAUAUGAUUUCAAAUUCAGUCAUCAUUUUCGUUUUUUGCUAUUAUUUUUUAUUUGAUUGCCUUGAAAAAUAAUCACUGUCUGAAAAUCCAAGUUUAGGUGUCAUCAAUGAUUCCAUAUUCGUCGGUUGCCCGUUAAAGGUCGCGUAGCGUGGGCGCUGGUAAAAAAAGGGGGGGGGGACCAAGAAAAACACUUUUGAAGUUUUAACACCUACUUCAAGUGCUAUAAACGACAAUGUUUCUAUGUUUCAUGUAGCCAAAACCUAUUCUUAGAGAAAGAUAUUUACCUGAUUUAUUAUGUUCUCAAAUUAAUUUGCAAAUAUAUCUUUCAUUUGCUACACUACGUUUCGCUGGAAACAAAAAAGCCCGAACGCGAAAUUUUACUUCCCGGCAAAAGAUAGUGUAGCGCCACGCGACGUUUUGCCGGGCAACCGAUUUUGUUCCUUGUUGAUCAAUCCAUAUUCUGGGUAAAGCUUACCAUGUUUCCAUUUAUGCUAACGUUUCUUUAAUACGGGGACAAAAGCAUUAGGCAUUGAUUUUUCUUUUAAUGAGAGAGGGAUAAUAAGCAUUUAAUUUUUAAGAGAAAAAAUGUGGCGGGAUACAGUCACAUGACUUACUUUCAUUCCUUAUAUAGUUUUAUUAUAUAUGUUUCUUUGCUUUCAAUAUUUCGAGCAUUUAUUCUCAUUUAUCAAAUUUUUAUUUUCAUCAAUGCUCAAUGGCUAUUCUGUAACAGGAUGAAAAAAUAAAUGUGUACUGAAUUCUAUAAC